CACCACCAGUCCACCAUUCCAGCAUCAUCACCACCACCCGAGACAAAAAAAUAAAAAAAACCCAACAACACUGUAACGAGAAUAUACGGCAAAACCCUAGAUCUCUCUCUCCUCUCGGCAUUGCUGGCUGGGGUGUGCGGCGGCCCGCAGUGGUGAGGGACGCACGGCGAUGGCCUCCGCCGCCGCCGUCAUCGCCUCGCCGGCCCCCGGCGCCGCCGCGGCCGAGCCCGCCGCCUGGCUCGUCGACGAGCGCGACGGCUUCAUCACCUGGCUGCGCGGCGAGUUCGCCGCCGCCAACGCCAUCGUCGACCACCUCAUCUUCCACCUCCGCUCCAUCAGCGAGCCGGGCGAGUACGACCACGUCUUCUCUCUCGUCCAGCAGCGCCGCCACCACUGGCCGCACGUGAUCCACAUGCAGCAGUUCUUCCCCGUCAGCGACAUCGCCUUCGCGCUCCAGCAAGCCAGCUGGCGCCGCCACGCGCCGCCGGCCCAGGCGCUCGGGGCUGGCGCGUCGCCGGCCGCGCUCCCGCCGCCGCCUCCUCGCCGCGCCUCGUUCUCGCAGUCCCAUCACUCCCACCAGCACCAUCGCCACGGCGCCCACUACCGCCCCGAUCCAGCGCGCGGCGCCGCCACUGCGGCGACUGGAUCCGAGAAAGAUGGACGUGAAGUUCAUAAUAACAAGGAAGGGAGGGGGCUGAAAGAAGCGGGGAAUGUCGUCGAUACUAAAAGUUUGCGGUUGGAUUCUCCUAUAACUGAUGAAGGUGAGGAAAAAUCAAAGCUGCAAGCUGUUUCUGAAGAAAGUAGCAAAAUGGUUGCAACCCCUGUAGAGUAUUCAACCAAUGAGAUCAUUGAUGGCAGCAUGGUUAAUACUGUUGAAGGGCUCAAGGUUUAUGAAGGAUUACUAAAUGUAACCGAGGCAAAUAAGAUCCUUUCCUUAGUCAAUGAAACAAGAGCCUCUUACCGGCGAGGGGGGCUUGAAGCUAGACAGAAGGUUAUUAUUGCUAAAAGACCAAUGAAGGGUCAUGGACGGGAAAUUGUUCAGCUGGGUGUUCCUAUUAUUGAUGGCCCUCCUGAUGAUGAAAAUCUAAGAGAGACAAGGGUGGAGGCGAUUCCUGGGCUGCUGAAUGAUCUGUUUGAUCGCUUGUCUCAGCAGGAAAUUAUACCCUUCAAGCCAGAUUAUUGUGUCAUUGACAUCUUCAAUGAGGGAGACUAUUCUCAUCCUCACCAAUCCCCUUCUUGGUAUGGUAGACCUCUUUGUACCCUCUGCUUAACAGAUUGUGAUAUGGUGUUUGGCCGUUAUAUAUCAGGAGAAAAAGGCGAUCAUAGAGGUCCUCUGAAGCUCUCGCUCGCAACUGGGUCACUUCUACUCAUGCAAGGGAGAAGUAUUGACUGUGCAAAGCGAGCUAUUCCUGCUACACGCAAGCAGAGAGUCAUACUGAAUUUUGGAAAGUCCGUAGCAAGAAAGCACAUCCCAGCUGAAAGUGCCUGGUCUACUCCAUUAACACCUCCUAUGCCCUGGGGUCAGUCAUCAAGGCCAGUUAACGGCUCCCGCCAUCCCCAAAGUCCUAAACACUAUGGGUAUGCUCCAAUCAGCGGUGUACUUCCAGCACCACCAGUUGGAGCUCAUCACGUCCCACCGUCUGAUGGGAUGCAGCCACUAUUUGUAGCCCCUGCUCCUAUUUCUGCUGCAGCCAUACCUUUCACGCCAACUGUUCCCUUGCAAAAUACAUCAGCUGCUUGGAUACAAGAAGUUACUCCAAGGCCUGCUCCGCCACGAUUCCCUGGUCCUGGUACGGGGGUCUUCCUUCCUCCGGGAUCAGGCCACCCUCUGCCUCAUCAGAUGAUGCCGGCUUCUCAUGGCCAUGGCGAACCCAACUCUCCACAAGGUUCAUCCGCUUACCUGCAUAGUAAGGUCAAUGGCAAGGAGACAUCUAAUGGCAAUCUUUCUCCUAAGAACUCGCCGAGAAAGACAUCUUGCACAGCCGAGGAGAAACCAGAAUGCAAUGGGAGCUUAAAUGGUGGUGGCGGCUCUGCGGAUGAGAAGUCAACUGUAGGUAUGGAGCAGCAGAAUGGUGUUCAGAAGAAUGUUGGGAGUAGCAAGGUCCAGCCACAUGGACAUGCAACUGAAUAGAGUGGGACUUAUAGUACAUAGACAACAGAAAACUGAAGAGACGAGGAGUUGAAUUUUGGGCCGUGAAUUUGCGGUAGUGCGCAGAGCUCAGCAGAGGUCUUUGCUGGCACUCUCUUGUCCCUGACAAGAAUCAUCGUGUCAAGUUCUCGAGACGGAAAACAUUUGUCCUAAACUUUGUAGCUGCACUGUUGCAAAUCUAGAUUAUCGACAUUGCCUCGGGUUAUCAUCUGCUAUCAGAGUCGUGGGCAGUGAAAACCAUUUCUGAUGGUUUAUGUUGCCCAAAUAUUAUCGACCUAGUACAUCUGAAAUGGGAAAAAAUGUGGACGAAAUUUCUUGC